AUGCAGAUGGGUCAGACUAGGGAUCGAACAGCCGACCUUCAGAGGUCGUUCCGAUCGUUUGCAAACGACGACCGCCAUGUCAUGGCCAAGCACGCCAGCAUCUACCCGGCGCCCGAGGAGCUGGAGGCCGUGCAGACGCUGGUGUCCACCGUGGAGGGAGCCCUCAAGAAAGUCUCAGAUUGGAUGGACGGCCUCAGCAAAUCCUCCGAGAAGACGUCCACUGAGAACGAGGCAGCGGACGACGAAGUGGAGGAUGAUGCUGCGGAGUCAAAGCUGCAGGCCAGGUCAGUGCUGUGCGGGGUGACCCGAGUCGGCCUGGUGGCGAAGGGCCUGCUGAUCAAGGGAGACCUGGAGCUGGAGCUGGUGCUGAUGUGCCGAGAGAAACCCACCAAGCUGCUGCUGUACACCAUCAGCGCCAACCUCCCCCUGCAGAUCCAGACGAUGACGGAGGAGAAAUACGAGGUUCGGUCGAGCGUCCCUGAAGCAGCCAUCCAGGUCUGCAGCUCCAAAACCCCUCAACUCACCCUGAAGAUCACCCUGUCCUCGUUAGCCAUGAGGGACGAGCGGCACAGCAGCACCGAGGAAGAGAAGGCCGAUCAAGACGUCCACGAGGACGAGGAAGAGGAGGACGAAGACGAUGUCCUGGACAGGAACAAGUGCCGGGCAGCGCUGGCUCUGCUCCGACAUGCCAAAUGGUUCCAGGCCCGUGUCACAGACCUCAAGUCCUGCGUCAUCAUCUUGAGGAUCCUCAGAGACAUGUGCAACACACUGCCAGCGUGGCAGCCCCUCAAAGGACGGCCUCUGGAGCUGCUCUGUGAAAAGGCCUUAGCCACCUGCAACCGGCCGCUGGGUCCAGCUGAGGCCCUGCGUCGCGUCAUGGAGUGCGUCGCCUCAGGGAUCCUCCUGCCAGGAGGUCCAGGAGUUCAUGACCCCUGUGAACGGGGACCUGCCGACAUCCUGUCUGACCUCAGCGCCCAGCAGGCGGACGCCAUCACACACAGCGCACAGCAUGCGUUACGCCUCCUCGCCUUCGGACAGCUUUACAAGGUCUUGAAUAUGGAUCCUCUCCCUGCGAACAAACCCUCCCCAAGACUGUUUGAAGGUGUGUGUUUGUGUUGUCAGAAGAGGCUCCGGGAGGACGUCGGGUCGGACGACAGAGACUUCAUCAAACGGAUGAAAGUCCUGGACUGGAGGAUGACCGACCCGAACCACCCCAUGAACGCCCUGAUGCGUCUGAACCAGAUCCACCCGGGUCUCCAGUACCGCCUGCUGUCCCAGUCCGGCCCGGUCCACGCUCCGGUCUUCACCAUGUCCGUGGAGAUCCAGGGAACCACCUACCAGGCCACGGGGAACUCCAAGAGAACCGCCAAGCUCCAAGUCGCCCUCAAGGCGCUGCAGGCUCUGGGCUUCGUUCUGCCCGGCGACGCAGACGUGGACUCGCUGAGCGCCGACGAGAAGUCAGAUGGAGAAGGGAAGAACGACAGGAUGUCCAGCAGCUCCAGCUCCACCUCCAUCACCUCCUCCACGGACACACAGGAGUCCAGAGCUCCAGGUCCGAUUCUGACGGCCGGAGGUAAGAACCCGGUGAUGGAGCUGAACGAGAAGCGCCGCGGCCUCAAGUACGAGCUGAUCUCAGAGAGCGGCAGCAGCUACGACAAGCGCUUCAUCAUAGAGGUGGAAGUGGACAAGCAGGUUUUUCGGGGAACGGGUCCCAAUAAGAAAGUAGCCAAAGCGAGUGCAGCGCUAGCCGCCCUGAAGAGCCUGUUCUCCGGCUCCAGCUCCACGAGCAGCAAGAAGAGACGGAGCAAUCCUCCGCCAAAGCGACCGGUGACCUCGGUGCUGACCCUCCCGGCCCUCGCUGCCAGGCCUCACCGGGUCCCCGUCAUCCCCAGAGCUCCCUACAUCAGCACCCCCCCCACCCACGGGUACAUCCCCCCAGGUUUCGGUGCUCCCUUCGGUUACAGCCCUGCAGGGCCCCUCCCUCCCUACGGAGGCCUGUACAUCGACAGUGCCUACUACCAGCCGCAGACCAUCGCCACCCCUAUAAUCAUCCACCUGGGCCCUCAGGAUCUUUUCUGA